AUGUCUGGACGUGGAAAAGGAGGAAAGGGACUUGGAAAGGGAGGAGCCAAGAGACAUCGCAAGGUGAUGCGUGAUAACAUUCUGGGUAUUACGAAGCCCGCCAUUCGUCGUCUGGCUCGCAGAGGAGGUGUCAAGCGUAUCUCGGGUCUGAUCUACGAUGAAACCCGUUCUGUGCUGAAGACCUUCCUUGACGGAGUGGUUCGUGACGCUGUGACGUACACGGAGCACGCCAAGAGAAAGACUGUGACUGCCAUGGACGUUGUGUACGCGCUGAAGAGACAGGGAAGAACUCUGUACGGUUUCGGCUACUAAUCUGGUAUUUUUGAAUGCCAUUCUCCGAUUGCUU